AUGGCGACCUCGAGAAGACCAGAGAAGCCCUCAGCGGUACCCUCAGAUCUUAUCCCAUCUUCAUCGCCCGCAUUCGGAACGCCCGUUCAUCCCAUCAAUCCCCGCAGAACAGCCCCCAUACGCGCCCCGCCUGCACUGAAGCCAGUUGGAAAGUCGACUGUGCUACCUAUACUCCUUCCGCCGGCGACAUUGCGACCGCUUGCCUUUCGGACAUUUACCAAGAAACACAACCUCACCCUCACAUCCUCUGCCCUCCAAGCAUUAGCAACGUUUGUAGGGAAACACUGCGGAUCAGGAUGGAGAGAGGAAGGCUUGGCAGAGAAGGUCUUGGAAGAGAUCGCGAAGAGCUGGAAGAAAUGUGGUGGUCAAGUUAUCGUAGAAGGCGACAAUGAGACACUCAGAGGCAUACUGAAGACACUUGAAGGCUCCAUGAGCGGAGGAAGGGUGGUACAAGGGUCGACUCUGGGGAGGCAAACCAGUUUCAACUUUGGACCUGAAAUAGCCGGCCAGACAACCCACUCGAGUCUGGACAGUAACAGCAGCUUCGGCAUGUCCAGUUUGGAGGUGGAAGACAAAGACGAAGAAGAAGAUCUGCUGAAAGAUCCAAGAGAAUGGAUGAAGGUCAUCGGCGCCUUCGACCAGCCAAAGCUGAUAUACAAUGCUACCCAGAAGCAUUUCGAAAAAUCUGCCAAAAAGCCAUCACUCUUCCCAGAUCCAAAACACAAGACUGAGCUCUUCCGUCAACGGUACCACAUCGUACACCAGCGUAUACUCCGUAACGAAACGUUUCAAGCACCCACCUUCUCUACAGCGCGGUCUGCUACCCUAAGCCGCACAGGAUCCAUUGCAACCUCACAGAUGAACACCAUCACUCCCAUCGCGAACCUGCUUGGUCGGACUGGAAGUACGCAUCUAUUGCUAGGCAUGCUUACAGUCUCGGCCACUGGUGUGCUCUCACUUUCUGAUCUUACAGGCACAAUUACCUUGGACAUCCAACACGCUCGUCCAAUCCCUGAGAACGGCGCAUAUUUCGCACCAGGCAUGAUUGUUCUAGUCGAGGGCAGCUACGAAGAGGACGCCGGUGCCACGUCAACUCUAGGAGGCAGCAGCGGCAUUGGUGGCACGAUAGGCGGCAAAUUCCUAGGUUUCUCAGUCGGACACCCUCCCAGUGAACGGAGAACAGCAACUUUGGGGGGCGCCGAAGAGGCCGACAAGAACAGCUUGGCUGGACCAGCAUUCGGAUGGACUGACUUCUUAGGCGUUGGGUCUCAGCGCGCGACCGGUACUCGCAUGAACAAGAUUGCAUCGAAACUCCUCGACCCCGACACAGCACAUAACAUCGUCAUAGCCUCAGACCUCCAUCUAGAUGUCCCAUCCACAUUGUCUGCUCUCCGUACCCUCUUACGCACAUACACACCCGAUCCUACCGACGCCCACCCCGUCUAUCCUCUCGGCAUCAUCCUGAUGGGAAACUUCAGUUCGAAAGCCAGUUUGGCAGGCGUACCAGGAACAGGCAGCAUAGAAUACAAAGAACAUUUUGACGCACUCGCCUCUGUCCUUGCAGAGUUUCAAACUCUCAUCGCACAUACUACACUUGUACUCGUUCCUGGCGACAACGACGCCUGGCCGAGUGCGUUCUCUGCUGGUGCCGCUACACCAUUACCGAGGAAACCUAUUCCAACGAUGUUCACAAGCAGGAUUAGAAAGGUCGUUGCUGAAGCGAACAGAGAGAUCUGGGGAGCGGGCAAGGCAAAGGGCAAAGAAGGGGAAGUAAUCUGGACAUCCAAUCCCUCGCGCUUGACCUGGUUCGGCGUCAAGGGCGAGAUGGCAAUACUGAGGGACGAUGUGGCCGGAAGACUGCAAAGACAAUCGAUACGAUUCAACAAACCACCCCCGGAUGUAGACGACGAUAUGCCAUACGCGCCGAGUCAUCAACAACAAGAGGCGGAACAGCAGGACGCCAUGGAUCUUGAUCUCAGGCCGCCGCCGGCCCGACAGCAGCAGCAGCAAUCAGAUGUUGAUGUCGAAACACAAACAGCGCGCGCGCUCACCCGAACCAUACUCUCACAAUCGCAUUUAAGCCCAUUCCCGCUCUCAGCGCGGCCAUUACAUUGGGAUUUCGCGCACACAAUGAAUCUCUACCCGUUGCCGACGAGUUUGGUGCUCGCAGAUAGCGAGGCACCGGCAUUUGUAGUCAAGUACUUUGGCUGCACGGUUAUGAACCCGGGAAGUAUAGACGAAAGUGGCGGGAGAGGAAGAAGAGAGGGAAGGGCGAGGUGGGUCGAGUUUGAUAUCAGAACUUCUGCUGGAGUGGUUAGGACAGAGGGAUAG